AUGGCGGAUGCAAACACCUCCAAGAACCCAAGCCCAAUCACCAAUAUUCCAGCAAAGCGUGCUCUCGAUGCCAGUUACUACAGCUUAGAUGAGCAGGAGCUGGGGUUCUUUAAAUCCCAGACGGGUAUUCAAGACGAGAAUGAACUCAAGCAGCACAUCAUGAGGGUACAAGCGGACGCCUACGAGGUCCACCCGUACCCCUGCAUUCUCAGGUUCGCCUUCACGAAGCUCAAAAUAUCUCGUCUGCCAGCGUACAACCAGCUGCUCCAGAUUGGGCGAGAGCGUCCAGGCGCAAUCUUCCUCGACAUUGGCUGCUGCUUUGGGAAUGACGCCCGCAAGGCCAUUGCAGAUGGCUUCCCGCUCGAAGGCGUCAUUGCUUCCGACUUGGACCCGCGGUUCUGGGACCUAGGCCACAGCCUCUUCAGGUCUACCCCCGCUACGUUCCCGGUGCCCUUCGUCCCCGGCGACGCGUUCGACCACACGUUCCUAGAGCCCGUUCCGCCCUUCUACGCACCGCCCGACUCACCCGCCCCCGCUCUAUCCUCGCUCACCACCCUGACGCCCCUGCUCGGCCACGUCUCCGCCAUCCACGCGUCCUCGCUCUUCCACCUCUUCGACGAGGAGCCGCAGCUGCAGCUCGCAAAGGCACUCGCAGGCCUGCUCGCGCCGACCCCGGGGUCCAUGAUCUUUGGCCUGCAUGGCGGCCGACACGAAAGAGGCCUGCGCGUGGAACAGGGCAAGCUGAACCCCCGCGGGACAUACAUGUUCUGCCACUCACCCGAGAGCUGGACGGAGCUUUGGGACGGACGGGUGUUCCAGAAGGGGACUGUCAAAGUGGACGCGUUUCUGCGUGAAACGCAGCGGCGCGAUCUGGACACCCCGUCUGAUGCCAAAUUCUACUUCUUGGUGUGGUCUGUGACACGGCUAUAA